UGUUAGAGAAGCAAUGUCCUUCAUCUAUGGCAACCAGCAAACUGUGGACCUCAUCAUUUGCGAUGUGUUCUUUCCAACGGAAGACAGUUUACUCAUUCUGCAAGAAGUUACCUCAAAGUUUGGCAUCCCCACCGUGAUAAUGUCUUCAAACGGAGAUACGGCCACAGUGAUGAAAUAUAUCACCAAUGGGGCUUCAGAUUUCCUGAUAAAGCCUCUGAGAAUUGAAGAAUUGAAGAACAUCUGGCAGCAUGUGUUCCGGAAGCAAAUUGGUGCGGAGCACAGAAAGUGUAACAACGCUGAACAUGUCGAUCAGCUGCCAUAUCGAACCAUGGGAAUUACUGAAGCCACGGCGACGUUGGACAGUGAGAUAAGAGAGAAUAACGGGACGGUCACAGACAUUCGGGACCUUAGGAAGUCAAGGCUCAGCUGGACUAUGCAGCUGCACCGCCAAUUCAUUGCAGCUGUGAAUUCCCUAGGAUCAGACAAGGCAGUUCCAAACAAGAUACUGGAGAUAAUGAAGGUUAAACAUUUGACAAGGGAGCAAGUUGCAAGUCACCUUCAGAAAUACAGGCUUCACCAGAGAAAUUCGAGUCAAAGAUUGCACAAAGAUGGCGCUCCUUCAUCAUCGAGCCAUGAAUCAAGCAUUCUCAGAACCCAACUCAACACUUCUUCGAAUUCAUUGUAUUUUGAUCAAGAUGGAUGCAUGGAGAUCACAGACUACUCUUUGCCCAUGGAUGACCUAUCAAGUGGCUUAGACUGUAUGCUGGGAGAACGAGAACGAAACAACUACUCCCCCGAAGGUUUCCAGAAUUUUAGAUGGGAUCCAGAUAAACAGGGAUAUGAAACAACAUAUUUGUGGAAUUUCGAGGCGGAAUGAUUUAAUCAGCAACAGCAUGCCUGCCUAGAACAUUAACCGUAAGUAAGCAGGUAAUGUGCACGUAUAUGCCUUGUACUGGAAAAUAGCCUGUGCACAGUAGUACAUCCUGAAUAAUAGCUGUGUGCCGCAUAUUUGAUCUUCCCAGAAGUACAUGUAUUGCCUGCCUGUAUCGUAACAUCAUUUUAA